AUGAAGCUGUUGGUGCUGGGAAUCUCUGUUUUACUGACGGCCGUCACCACAAGCCAGGCAACCAAUUGUACCGCUGAAUUCUGCAAUGUCAUUGACUGUAUGCGUCUAGAGAGAUCACAAUGUAAAGGCGUGUUUAUCGUCAAUGGUGGAGUCUGUGGCUGUUGCAAUGCUUGCUAUGAGGCUAUCGAGCCUGGCCAGCCGUGUCAGCGAUUGGAUCUGAGCAGUCCUCCCACCGCCGUCUGCAAGUCCGGGUAUUUCUGCGACAACGGCAUCUGUCGACCUUAUCUUGGUUGA